GGGGUGAUGCGGCGCCGUGUAGGGGACUCAGCUGGCCAUUCAGUCGCAGGGAUUUGGUGCAGUGACGCCCCUUCCCCUGGUGGUAAGAAGGCUAUUUGUCUGUUAACUGUAGCACCAUCAGUACAGAUUGAAGAACGCCAUUCCCACUGAAUGUUGUCUCCUUUUAAAAAGGAGACAGAAUGGUUCAGCAAGUUGCAGAAAACAUAAAUUUUCCUCAGGAGGAAGAGAAGAUACUGAAUCUCUGGAACACGCUUGAUUGUUUUCAGGAAUGCCUGAAACAGUCAAAAAACAGACCAAGAUUUACUUUCUAUGAUGGCCCUCCAUUUGCAACUGGGCUUCCACACUAUGGCCACAUUCUUGCAGGAACCAUUAAAGAUAUAGUAACCAGAUUUGCUCACCAGAGUGGCUUUCAUGUUGACAGAAGAUUUGGAUGGGAUUGUCAUGGUUUACCUGUGGAGUAUGAAAUUGACAAAACACUAGGAAUCAAAGGGCCAGAGGAUGUGGCCAAAAUGGGUAUUGCAGAAUAUAACAAUCAGUGCAGGGGGAUUGUGAUGAGAUACUCUACAGAAUGGAAGAUUAGCAUUACCAGACUGGGACGCUGGAUCGACUUUGACAAUGACUAUAAAACUCUAUAUCCUGAGUUCAUGGAGACUGUCUGGUGGGUUUUCAAACAGCUGUACGACAAAGGAUUGGUUUACAGAGGCGUUAAGGUUAUGCCUUUCUCCACAGCAUGUAACACUCCUCUUUCAAAUUUUGAGUCUCAUCAGAACUACAAGGAUGUUCAGGAUCCUUCGGUGAUUGUGAGCUUCCCAUUGGAUGAAGAUGAAAAUGUCUCUCUUGUUGCUUGGACAACUACCCCCUGGACUCUGCCUAGUAACUUGGCCCUCUGUGUUAACCCAGAAUUGCAAUAUGUGAAACUAGAAGAUUGUGCCACAGGGAAGAUUUAUAUUUUGAUGGAAGCCAGGCUGGUAGCACUGUACAAAUCUGAAAAUGAAUAUGUGAUACUUGACAGGUUUCCUGGCAUUACUCUUAAAGGCAAGAAAUAUAAACCACUAUUUGAAUAUUUUAUUAAGUGUAAAGACAAUGGUGCUUUUACUGUGGUCACAGACAACUAUGUGAAGGAGGAAGAAGGUACAGGGAUUGUACAUCAGGCUCCUUACUUCGGUGCUGAUGACUACAGAGUCUGCAUGGAUUUUAAUAUUAUUCUGAAAGAUUCAGUUCCAGUUUGUCCUGUUGAUGCUUCAGGCUACUUCACAGCAGAAGUGACAGACUUUGCUGGACAAUAUGUGAAGGAUGCAGAUAAGAACAUAAUCAAAUCUCUAAAAGAACGAGGUAGACUGGUUCACACCAGUACUUUCAAGCACAAUUACCCUUUCUGCUGGAGGUCAGAUACCCCUCUAAUUUACAAAGCUGUACCAAGCUGGUUUGUAAGAGUAGAGCACAUGGUGGAGAAGCUGUUGGAGAAUAAUGGUCAAUGCUACUGGGUUCCUGACUUUGUGAGAGAGAAACGUUUUGGAAACUGGCUGAAAGAUGCACGUGACUGGGCUAUUUCCAGGAACCGAUACUGGGGAACACCUAUCCCUUUGUGGGUCAGCAGUGAUUUUGAAGAGUUCUAUCCUGGAAGAAUCCACAGCAUCGGGAAAACUAGUGAAACUAUAACAUCAUAAGAUAGAAUUGAGAAGAGAAGGAUUUUUUUUUUUAGUCACUGUUUU